UUAUUUAUGCUCCUAAUAGUAUAUUAGAAUGCAUGAAUAGUAAUAUUAGAAAUGUGCAUACUACGAAGUAGGCGUAGUUUUCAAAAUCUGCAGUAACUUCACAAUUAUCUUGACUUCUUAGAUAUGGCGGUUCAUCGCCAGAGUCUUGGAAUAUGGGAUUACGCCGUGAUAAUGUGUUCAUUUGCCGUCUCUUUCGCUAUCGGAGUGGUGUUUCAUUAUGCUGGACGCAGACGAUACACUGCUCAGAACUUCUUCAUGGCCGGUAACAAUAUGUCCAAAUUCCCAGUUGUACUAUCAAUCGUCGUUACCAAUUUGUCUGCCAUACUGAUGCUUGGUGCACCGGCAGAAGUUUACAGGUAUGGAACUCAAAUUGUGUUACUAACUCUGGGAAUGACUGCUGGAAUAAUUCUGGCUUCUUAUCUCAUUUUGCCCAUCUACUUUGACUUGAGAAUCACUACGGUGUAUGAAUAUUUGGAGAUGCGAUAUGGAAAGUUCAUUAGAUACACCGUCUCAUCAUUGUUCAUAGUCCAGACGUUGUUAUACAUAUCUGUCGUAUUGUAUGCUCCAGCCCUAGCCCUAAGUGCUGUUGCAGAUUUGUCGACGGAGAUGUCAAUCAUACUCAUGGGCGUGGUGUGCACUCUUUAUUGCUCAAUAGGUGGGUUGAAAGCUGUCCUGUGGACUGAUGUGUUUCAGUCUGGGCUGAUGUCCGCUUGCAUUGCGAUCGUUUUCAUCAAAGGUGUCACUGAAGUUGGAGGACUAGGUGAAGUACUUCACAGAAGUUCUACUGGAGGCAGAUUGGAAUUUUUCAA